CUCUCUUUCUCUCUAUUUCCGUUCUAGAAACGAUUCAAUCUUUGAUCAAUGAAAUUCAAAAUAUUAAUCAAAAUUUAACAUUAUCUGUAAAGAUUCAGAAUUUUUCCAUUUCAAAUGAAUCAAAAAAUGAUUGGCCAUUAGAUUCGAAUGAUAAUUCUAAAAAUUGGUCAGAUAAUAGUAAUAAUGGAUGCGGUCUAUCAAAUGAAUGUACAAUUAUUAUAACAAUAAUGGCCAGUGUUUGUCUUUUAUUAUUAUCAGCAUUAACAUUAACAUUAAUUUUAUGGAAAAAGAAUAAAUCCUAUGGUUUACAGAAUAAAUUUCAACAAAAUCGUUUACAAUGUCGAUCAUUAUCGGUACCAAAUUUUCAUAGAUAUGUUCCAUCAAAUUUACGUUGUCCAUCAUGUUCAUCAUCACUUAAACCACGUAAAUCAUCAUUAAAACCACCGACCGAUUCAUUUCGAAUACAAAAUAUUGGAAAACCCUUAGCAACAAUAAGUCGAUCUAAUACUGAUCCAAAUAUUAGUGAUAAAAGAAGACAUCAGCCAUCAUUCAUAGAAACCGAUAGAAAUAUUGAUAUCAAUAAAUUCCGAAGAAAAUCAAUGGUAACAUUCAAUGAAGCUACAUUAAUACAAUGAUGAUGAUGAUGAUACCAUGAUACCAUUUUGAUCAUUCA